AUGGACGAAAACGAGCAUUCAUCGACCUGGCAAACUCAAGCCAGAAAUGAGGCAGGCGCCGACGACGCCCAGAUGGCCGACACUAUAGUCACCACCAUCGACCCUCAAAGCCAACAACAGCAAAAUCCCACUGAUAUCGAACAACAACAACAACAACAUGAACACGACGAGUCCAGGUCCGUCGCCCAGGAUAGCAGCGUCGACCUGGCCGACACACUGCCCCCCAGCGACUACUACUACCACCGCGCCGACGACGACGACGCCGACUCUGCGCUGGGAGACGACGACCGCGCAAGCUCAACCAGAUCACUGACCGAAAGCGUCUUCAACUACGAAUACGAAAACGGACGACGCUACCACGCUUUCCGCGCGGGCGCAUACCCCCUGCCCAACGACGAGCUGGAGCAAAGCCGAAUGGACAUGCAGCAUCACAUCUACCUACUCAUGCUAGGCGGCGAGCUGUACCGCGCACCACUCGAUGCCGCCCAUCUCAGACGCGCCCUAGACGUUGGCUGUGGGACGGGUCUGUGGGCGAUUGACUUUGCAGAUAUGCAUCCAGACACGCACGUCACAGCGACCGAUCUCUCCUCGAUCCAGCCCAGCUGGGUGCCGCCAAACCUGCACUUUGAAAUCGACGAUGCCGAGGGCGGAGACUGGAUGUUUAGCGAACCCUUUGACUAUAUCCACAUCCGCAGCAUGGCGGGGAGCAUUGGGAACUGGCCACAGCUGCUGCAGCGGGCGUACGACAACCUGGAACCCGGUGGGUGGAUCGAGCUGGCCGAGUUUGAGACGUGGGCGUCAACAGACGACAACAGCCUGCCGCUCGACUCGGCCUAUCACGAAUACCAGGUGCGGCUGGGCGAGGCGGCCGCCGUGUUUGGGAAGGAGAUGAACGUGGCGCCGCAAAUCCGCGGUCUUGUUUGUGAUGCUGGGUUUGAGAAUGUCAAGGAGGAUAUCUGGAAAUGCCCGCUGUCGCCGUGGCCGCAGGACCCGCGCCUUAAAGAGCUCGCCACGUAUAUGAAUCUGCAGAUGAUGGAGUCGAUUGAGCCGUAUUCGCUGGCUUUGUUUUCGAGAGUGCUCAAGUGGGAUAACAACCGGAUUCAGUCCUUGUUGGCGUAUGUUCGGCAGGACCUGCGCAAUCUGAACUAUCACAUGUACUCGAAGAUGUGUGUUUCACCAACCGCUUUCAUUCAAAAGUCUUAUGACGAGAGUAUGCUAAUCCUUUUUGCAGGCACUGCGUAUAUGCCCAGAAACCAUAUGCCCCCAAGUGAGAUUGGCGACAAAUGA